ACUCGAGUAUAUAAUUUGAUGAUAAUAAUUUGUUUUGUUGAUUUUAUGUAAAAAUUUAUUUAGUAAUUUUUUUUUUCUAUGACUUUAAAAUAUUGUUUAAAAACAUAAACAACAUUUAUUGUUUACACAUGUUUACAUUGACCAAACUGUAUAAAAUUGACUUGGACAUACUGUACAUAUAUAAAUUGCAAUUUACAGCUGACUUUUGCAGUUGCCCAGUUGAUCUUUAACACUCAAUGCCAACAACACAUUCAGACAUAAAAUAAACAUAACCUCAUCAAUUGACAAAUUGUGAUAAAUAAAUUGAGUUUAUUGUAUUUUAAAGUUUUUAAUUUUAUAAAUUAUAAUAAACAAUGUCUACUUCAACAGAAAGAGAAUUAGAUUUAGAUUUAAGUAAUGCAUCACGUGGUGUUUGGCUUGUUAAAGUUCCAAAAUAUAUAUCAAAUAAAUGGGAAAAAGCACCUGGUAAUAUUGAGGUCGGCAAACUCAAAAUAACAAAAAUUCCUGGUACAAAAGCUGAAGUUUCAUUGAAACUUGCUGAUUCAGUAAUGUCAAUAAAAGAAACAGGUGAAGAAGAUAUACCUCAACAACACAGACUUGAUGUUACCACAGUAACUCGACAAAUGCUUGGUGUAUUUUCACAUAUACCUGCCAAUCCAGAUGCAGUUGCACCAGAGUCAAAAGAUGAACAACUUUUUAUGGAAGGUAGAAUUGUACAAAAAUUAGAAUGUCGUCCAGAUGCUGACAAGUGUUACAUGAAAUUGAAAAAAGCAAGUAUCAGAAGAGCUGCUGUUCCUCAAAGAAGUAUACAAACACUUGACAGAGCUGUUCAAAAUUUCAAGCCAGUUUCUGAUCACAAACACAAUAUUGAAUAUGCAGAGAAGAAAAAGGCUGAAGGUAAAAAGAUGAGAGAUGAUAAAAAUUCAGUGACGGAUAUGUUAUUUGCUGCAUUUGAAAAACAUCAGUAUUAUAAUAUCAAAGACUUGGUUAAAAUUACACGUCAGCCAAUUGUUUAUUUGAAGGAAAUACUUCAGGAAGUGUGUGUAUAUAAUUUGAAAAAUCCACACAGAAAUAUGUGGGAAUUAAGACCAGAGUUUCGUUGUUACGAUGGCGACAAACCAAUUGAACCAAUUGAACCAAUGGACGCUGAUGACUCUAGCUAAAUACAAUAUUAAAUUUAAUUCAAUUUUCUUUUUUUUUUUUUUUCAUUCUAUUUUAUGCCCAAGUGAGUUAUUUUUCAUAAUUUGAUUUGUUUUUUAUUUGUUGAACAAUUAAUUGAUUCGACUGAUCAAUUUGAAUAAUGGAAAAUAUAUAUUUUUUGUUUUCAAACAUUAGCAAAUGCUUCAAACAUAAGGGUUCUUUUAUUUUCACUUAGUAUUUUUAAAUUUAAUUGUUCUUUU